UUUAAAAAGCCUGCCGACAUCGAAACACAGGCCAGUACAUCAUCUAAGUGUGACAAUCAGUGCAAAGACUAAACAACAAUAAAUAAAUAAUAAAAAAAAAAUUCGCCUGUGCUUUGAAUUGUAAUUUAUUAUCUUUUGGACUUAUAAUUUCCAACGGUGACAGAAAGAACACCACUACGGAGCGUUCAAAGUCGAAGAAUGGUUGAAAAGAACAUCGGAAUAUCCCAGCAAACGCUGGUGUCAACAUCUAGUGAUAAUGAAAAUGGUGGGCGUAAAUUAACACAAUACAUUGCUGGGUUAGCGGCAACUCUUGGUGCGCUUGCAGCAGGUAUGGUAUUGGGUUGGACAUCACCCGCGGGAAAAGACGGAGUGAACUUGGCCAAAGAAUACAACAUACCGAUAUCGCCAACAGAAUUUUCAUGGAUCGGUUCGAUAUUCAAUUUAGGCGCCGCCACAAUUUGUGUGCCUAUUGGUAUUCUCACAGACGUAAUCGGCAGAAAACGCGCAAUGUUGAUACUAGUCGUGCCAUUCACUAUCGGGUGGAUACUGAUAAUAUGGUCUAACUCCGUAGUAAUGUUUGAUAUCGGCCGGUAUAUUUUGGGCGUAAGCGGAGGCGCUUUUUGUGUAACUGCCCCAAUGUACACCGGCGAGAUUGCCGAGAGUUCUAUUCGCGGUAGUUUAGGAUCGUACUUCCAACUGAUGUUGACAGCUGGUAUUUUAAUAACAUAUAUAUUAGGUUCCGUGCUUUCGAUAUUCACAUUAUCCCUGAUAUCGGCGGUUGUGCCUCUUAUAUUUUUCGGAAUAUUCUUCUUCAUGCCCGAAACACCGACGUAUUAUUUGAAGAAGGGGCAGAUCAAUGAAGCCAGAGAAAGCUACAAAUGGUUACGGGGACCGGAUUAUAAUAUCGAGCCCGAACUGGAAGCGCAGAAUGAGGCAUUGGCUGAAGCAAAUCGUAACCAAGUGUCAUUUUUGACAGCUGUCAGAUCAAAAGCUGCAUUAAAAGGGCUUUUUAUUGCAUUCGGUUUGAUGUUUUUCCAGCAACUGAGUGGCGUUAAUGCCAUAAUAUUUUACUCUGGUUCGAUAUUCGAGACUGCUGGCAGUACGAUGAAUUCAGAUGUUGCAACGAUCGUUGUUGGAAGCAUGCAAGUUAUUGCGGUAUUUGUCAGCACACUUAUUGUUGAUCGUCUUGGUAGACGGCUGCUGUUAUUAAUUUCAAGUGUCGCCAUGUGUUUAACGACACUUAUACUCGGCGUAUAUUUCUACAUGAAGAUACACAAAGUCAGUGGGGUUGACUCUAUCGGGUGGCUGCCACUGGUUGCAAUUUGCACAUUUAUUAUACUAUUUUCGCUUGGAUUUGGGCCAAUACCGUGGAUGAUGAUGGGCGAAAUAUUCGAUUCCCAAGUUAAGAGUAUCGCUGGCAGCAGCGCCUGUUUAUUCAAUUGGCUUAUGGCUUUUAUCGUCACUAAAUUUUUCAGCGAUAUACAAGACGCUUUGGGUACUGAUAUGACAUUUUGGAUAUUUUCAAUUAUUUGCGCAGUUGCUGUUGUUUUUGUGUUCUUUAUUGUACCCGAAACUAAAGGGAAAACGCUUGAACAAAUUCAAAUUGAAUUAGGAGGCGGUGAUCCAACUCCUAGUGGUUUUCAUGGUAGUAAAUCAUAGUUUUAAUACGAGAGUUAUUUUUUGUGAUUAUAAAAGUGUGCGGCUUUUUAUAUUUUUUAAAAUAAAAUAAGUUUUAGUCCCAUUCCUAUACAAUAUCAUUUUUUUUUAAUGGAUUUCUCUGUUUGAAAAAUCCAACAGAUUCUUAGACAAGGAAAAAUUUUAAUUAGUUUUCAAAAUAUGCAAACUUAUAUUUUACGCGAUAAUUUUAGAAAAUUUAUUUUAAAAUUAACAGAAAACGCAUUUAAAAGAUACAUGCAUUUUUUAUUAUUAAAAAUUUAUUUAUGACUUAAUUAAAUAUAGAUUUUAAUAAAUUUCAACGAUAAGUCUAUCAAUUUCCUAUCAAGUUGAUAAAAUGAAAUUAAAAAUUCCACUAAGGAGGAUCUAUAGUAGUUUUCGUCCAAACUUUUUCUCAAAAAAUUCUCUAAAUGCAAAAUUAAGAUGUACAUGAAGAUCAGAACGUUUUUCGCGCAACGAAAAAAAAAUUGGACAGUAAAAUAUUUACUGGAUGACUAGAUUUCCGAAAUAUUUCGCAUAUAGAUGUCAGCCGAAAAUCUUAAGUCACCCAACCUUGGGAUCAAUCCCUUAAGCAGUUGAACUACAUAAAUUUUUUUCAUUUUCGUCGCGUGAAAAACAAUCGGAUCUUCAAAUACAUAAAUUAAGAACGAGGAUCGAUGCAUUACUCAGUAAUUCGGCGAUCUACGUUUUCAUUUUCCGAAAUUGUUCAUUUGUUUGAAAGCCGCGGACAAAAUUGUCAUUUACUACGCAAGUGCAACAAGGAUAGUACCGCUCGCAGACUUGAGUGUGAAAGAGAAAAAAGAUGUUCCUGAAGAUCGGAAUGUUUUUCGCGCGAAAAAAAAAUUGGAAAGUAAAAAAUCUACUGGAUGACACGAUUUCUGAAAUGUUUCACAAGAAAAUGCUGGUGUGUCGACCGAAAAUCUUAGGCCACCAAAAACCUCUGGCACUACUCCUUAAACAGAUGAAUUAUAUAAAUUUUUAUGAUCCUGAAGUUAGCAGACAAUUAUUAAUUUUCGGAUUUUUUUUCAAAAAAUUAAUUAAAAAAAAAGAAAAAAAAAUAUGCGCAUGUAGAAAAUUUAAAAAACUAUAGGUGCAAUUUUUUCAAAUAUCUUUUUUUUUUAAAUUUACUCUUUUUAAAAAAAAUCCAAAAAUUAUUAGACGUUGGCAAACUUCAGUAUCACAAAUUUUUUUCAUUUUCGUUGCGCGAAAAAAGUUUUGAUCUUCAGAUCCGUGAAAAAAAUUCAGAUUCCCCUAAAAAUUUUUUUUCAUCAAAAGCAGAAGCCACACUAUAGAAUAUAAUUAAUGUAAGAUUGUGAUGAUAAAUUUUUAUGAUCCUGAAGUUAGCAGACAAUUAAAAAUUUUAGGAUUUUAUUUCGAACAAUUAAAUUUGAAGAAAAAAUGCACAUGUAGAAAAUUAAAAUGACUAUAAGUGCAAUUUUUUUAAAUAUUUUUUUUUUAUACAAUUUUUCGUUUUUUAAAAAAUCCAGAAAUUAUUAGAUGUCGGCUAACUUCAGGAUCAUUAAAUUUUUCGCUUUUAAUAUUUAUCUUUGUAUAAAAAAAAUUAUUUUUUUAAUGCACACAUA